AUGUUUCAAGUUAACAAAGCUUCGGUCCGCGGUGUUGAGGGUCACACCCUCCGCGAGACUGAUAAGCGCGACCGCUUUUGGUGGCAUUAUCCUGGUCUCCGCAGCCUCAAUUUUCUUUUGCUUGGCUGUAUUGUUUGUGAUAUGACCAAUGGAUAUGAUGGCUCUAUGCUGAAUGGUCUUCAAUCACUCCCGUCAUGGCAAGAGGCCUUGGAUCAUCCGACAGGUACUCGUCUCGGUACGAUUUCUAACGGCACGAGAUAUGGACAACUUGCCGCUCUCCUCAUCGCUGCUCCCUUGAUUCAAUGGCUUGGACCUCGACGUCCGAUUACGAUUGGCUCUCUUCUUCUGCUCAUCGGAGUUGCGCUUCAAGCCAGCGCCCAAAAUUACGCCAUGUUCGUGUUUGCUAGGUGUCUGAUUGGCUUCGGAAAUACGAUCCAGAAUACAGCAUGCCCGAUCUUGGCGAGCGAGCUGGCUCAUCCAUUUCAGAGGACACAGAUCAUUGGCAUUCAGAACACAACUGGCUCUCUAGGCCAAAUCAUGGCCGCAUGGAUCACCUAUGGCACUUCAUUCAUCGUUGGGUCUUGGUCAUGGCGACUUCCUUCACUUCUUCAGGCAUUAUCAUCCUGUUUCCAGUUGGUCAUGUCUUUCUUCAUUCCCGAGUCACCUAGAUGGCUUGUCUAUCAGAAUCGCAGCAAAGAGGCAUACGAGAUUCUGGCCAAGUACCAUGCUGAAGGUGACGAGUCUUCGCAACUACUGCAGUAUGAAAUGGCAGAAAUCGAAGCGGCGAUUGAGGCAGAGAAGGUGCAAGCAUUGUCUUCAUGGAUGGGGUGGUUCCGAACCGCCGCUAAUCGAUACCGACUCUUCAUCAUUGUGACAUCUGGUUUCAUCAUUCAAUGGUGUGGAAAUGCCUUGCUGUCAUACUACAUCCACCUUGUCUUCAACUCCAUCGGUAUAACCAACAGCAAGAAGCAACUUCUUCUCAACGGCGGCAUCACCAUCAAUGGUUGGGUUUGGGGUAAUACGUUCUCGCUCUUCAUCGACAAAAUAGGCCGCCGCCCGAUGUGGCUGAUUGGUAUGAGUGGAAUGUUUGUCGCAUUCUUGUUGCUCACCGUAUUCACUGGCGUCAACACAAGCAUCAAUUACGAAAACCAUGCCCUCGGCCGGGCUACUAUUUUUACCAUUUUCCUCUUCGGCGUCUUUUACAAGAUGCCUGGCUGUAUGCUCAACUCGUACGUUGCUGAGGUGGCGCCCUUUGACCUGCGUGCGAAAGCUUUUGUCAUUUCGAGCUUUGGCGAUGCAGCAGCAAACAUCUUCUCGGGGUACACCAAUCCCAUUGGAUUGCAACACAUAGGCUGGAAAUAUUAUAUUGUUUGGUGUUGUGUUCUCGUCAGCAACUUUUGCAUCAUAUACUUCUUUUACCCUGAGACCAAGAACCUCUCACUGGAAGAAGUUGCACAACUAUUCGACGGCCCCAACUCUGUCGAGGCAAAGCUUCACGAAGGCACCGAGGAAGUUGAAGAGAAAAGAGGCGAGAUUAACGAGGCUACGACUGUGUGGUGGAAUUUCCUCCAACGUCAGACCCGCCCAACAGCUGAGGCUUGCCGCUUUAUCCUAAAGUUAUUGGAGGAGCCCCCGCAAACAGCUGACCAACCUAGAAAGCUGGUUAACUGGGGUGCCGAAUGUCAGUAUGUUGUGAAGCAAAAACCUGGUAUCAAGGCCGGGGCUGUCGAUAGUCUCAGUCGGCGACUCGAAACAUUGGAGCAGAUUCUUCUGGAUACUUCUGGCAACACAAAAGCGAGACUAGCUGCUUUGUUGAAUGGGGAUCUUGAGAGACCUAUGAGAAACGAAUUCUCACCCACGAAAUCUCCUUCGAUGGAAAGGCAACAGAGACCGUAUGAUGCAUCUCGACAUGCAGGUCAAGAUUCACUAGUCGAAAUCGCCCCUCAAUCAGACCAUCACCGCAGCAAACGACAACGCAUUGGCGAUGAGCAGGACCGAUACUGCGAUACAAAUGAUGAAUCUUGGAUUACGCCAUUGCCUCAAUAUCACUUGUUAGAAGCUGUAGUGGAAGCUCAUUUUCAGACAGUGCAUCACUGGAUACCCAUCCUCCAUGAAACAAGAUUUCGAGCCAAGUUUAAGGACCCUAUUCAGAGGCAAAAGCUUACUGUGCUCCUUCAUGCUUUGCUUUCCGCAGGAAUUAAAUAUGUCGACUGCACGGCCUUUGGAAUGAGUAUUCAGGACGUCACAAGACAGAUUCGCAUCUCUCGAAGCACGGUGAUGGAAAAUGCUAUGGAAUCUCUUUCCAUUGAGAAUACCCAAGCUCUGGUGAUAAUUGCUUUCGACUAUAUGGGAAGUGGCCACGUUCAAAAAGCAUGGCCUAUAAUUGCAUCUUUAACGAGGGUUGUUGACUACCUGCAGCUAACGGUAGAGCCAGACGAAGACUCACCGAAGCAGCCUUUAUUAAGAUCUUUAACUGUCUUGGAAAAGCCACUUGACUGGACAGACUCCGAAGCACGCCGAAGACUUUUCUGGAGUAUUUUCCUUCUAGACAGAAUCUGUUCUGUUACUACUGGGUGGCAUACGAGCCUCACAUCUGACGACGUUCAUCGACGCCUCCCUUGCGGCGGGGCAAUGUGGGCGAGAGCAGAGCCCGUUUCAACGCCCUAUUUUGGAAUAUGGGAUAAAUCGACGGCGAAAAUCGGCAACUCAAUAUCCAAUGCACCUACGAUCUAUGUAUCACCAAAGGCGGCGAUUGACCAUCCCAGCCCUGGGUCCAAUGGGGAUGUAGACGUCUCAAAACUUGGGGCCUUUGCGUAUUGUAUCGAAGCAACGGAAAAUCUCAGCCAGGUCACCUCAUUCUUCUUGCAGCAGAGUGUCAACUUUGGUAACCGGGAUGAAGUCAAGAACUGGCUCACAAGGUUUAAGGAACUUGACCUUCGCCUAGUUCAUUGGAAGAUGUUCUUGCCGAAGCAAUGGCAGGACUCGAACGUCUCUCGAGAUGUUCUAAUAUUGAAACUUGAUCCAAACCUAACAUUGGCUCAUGUAUCUCACAAUACCUCAAUGAUCCUACUCCAUCAACAUAUUGCGUACCCGCCUGUGCGCUGGAAGAACGUUGUCAAGCUACCUAGCUCAUGCAGUGCGGAGACAUGCCACCUUGCAGCGGUUGAAACAUCGUCAAUUGUGCAAAAGUAUCUGAGGUUUAUGGGGGGUAUCGUCAAUGCCCAAUUCGCAUUUUGCGCUUUUGUCGCUGCUAGGAUUUUGCUCAUUCACUGGCACUCCAGUGAAACCCAUACCUUAGAGACGGAGUUUUUCAGCCUCCUGCAGAGCUUGAAAGAUAUGUCGGACAAAUGGCACGGAUACUACACAUAUGGGAACACAUUUGGUACUGGUCCAGAUCGACAACGAUCCCUAGACUUGGCUGGAAGAUACGCAGAGCAGCUCGAAAGUCUGCACUCCCGCUGUCUGAACGAUAUGACAUUCUCAACAACCGACCUCAUAGAGACUCUGGGCGAUGCGACUCUGUAUGGCUUCAUCGAGGCAACGGUACAACCCAGUUCAGUCAUAUCGCCUAGCGGCACUGAUUACAGGAAUCACAACGGCCAAUCACACAGACGUUAUUCAUCAGGGUUUGAAGCAUACCAAAGAGCUGGCGUCCCGUCUCCUACAAGAGGAUCUGAUAUGCGUUCCAAUUACCAGCCACACAGAUCUCCCGCUCAAACAAGACCUUCGGCUGCGUAUGGAGUCCGGGAAGUUCCACAGCCUCAAGAUGACAUGAGUUCCCAAUCGGGAGUAGGGCAAUCGCCAUUGGCAACGUCAUCGGCUAAUGCAAAUAUGAGGAACAUACAUGGCCCUUCCAUCGCUUUGAUGAACGACAUGAACGCCGCCAAUAGCUUUCCCCAUAACCAGUCAAUGAUGGCUGAGGAGGACGAACUAACAACUAUGUCGAAUAUGUUAUUGGGAAAUCAGUUCUUGGAAAUGGAUCGUGUCAUUUCACUCCAGGGCGCUGAUUUCUUUGCAUUCGAUUCUACAAGAGGAGUUGGCCUCUCUGGCUAA